GUUGAUUUGAUUGUCGUAUCGGAGGAGUUUUAGAGGAGUUUAGAGGGCUAAAGGGCUAGAGGGGCGUGUUUGGCUGCCUCUUACACCACUCUAAAGUGCCUAAAAGUGCCUAAAAGUGCUAAAGUGGCCCCAGCACCCGCAAGCAACCACGCCAGUCCCCCCAUGUCCUCUCACGCCCUAAUCCACUUUAAUCCCGCUAUUUGAUCGCUGGGUAGCCGAUGUUCCGUUCGCCGUACGUGUCUUAGUGGCUGUGGCAGAACUUAAACAUUUUAUGCCUCACCGCCCGCCGAUGUGACAUUUUCGAAGGCAUUUUGUCGAAUAUACGCUAAAAAGUUUAGUUGACUGCUGGAUAAGAUAGAUACUGCUACACUUUCUGGACAGGACAGGAAAGAGCAACUCAACAACCACCACCUCAAGACCACCACUUUCCCUCACGUUCGACAAUGGCGGGCGCAAGUGAUAAGGUGCGCUUCUAUAUGGAACAGGCGGUUCCACAACUGCGCGAAUUCGAAGAGAAGAAGAUCUUCACCAAGGACGAAAUCCGCUCCCUCGUCAAAAAGCGCUCCGACUUCGAACAUCUCCUCCUCGCCCGCGGCUGCCCCCCCCCCACCUUCGCCCGCUACGCCGCCUGGGAAUCCAACCUCGAGCGUCUCCGCGCCUCGCGCUGCCAACGCCUCCGCAUCAAGUCCUCCUCCUCACACACCGGUCAAGCGCGCGUCCUCGCCAUCUUCGGGCGCGGCACGCGCAAGCACCCCGGCGACCUGGGGCUAUGGAUGACAUACCUCGAGUACGCGCGAACUGCUGGCGCGACGAGCAAAUUCAAGGUCAUCCUCACGGCGGCGCUGAGGUUGCAUUGUACGGUGCCCGGGUUGUGGGUGUAUGCGGCGAGAUGUGCGUUGGAGGAAAGCGAUAUGGGGGAGGCGAGGAGCUUUUUGCAGAGGGGUGCGAGGUUUUGUAAUCAGGGGCCUGAGAUGUGGGUUCAGUACGCGAAGUUGGAGAUGAUUUUCCUUGCCAAGAUCGCGGCGAGGAGGAGAGUUCUGGGAUUAGAUGCGCCGGCUGUGAAGGCGGUGGAGGAGAAGGAGGUGGAGGAGGAGACGCAGGGGUUCGAGGGGGAUGAGAUUAAAUUCCCGGAAUUCAAGGCGCAGAGUCUGGGACAGAGCGCGAUGGAGGGCGUCAAGGUGGACGGAGAGGCGAAGCAGGACCCGAUGAAUACCCCCGCGCUGCAGGGCGCGAUCCCGCUCGCUAUCUUUGAUGAUGCGGCCAAGCAGGCGUUCUUUAGCGCGGAGGCGGCGCAGCAUUUCUUUGAUAUGUUCACGGUCUUCACGCAAGUUUCGUGUCUGCCGAAGGUGCUGCAGCAUGUGUUGGAUGUGAUGAUGGAGCGGUUCCCUACUGAGGCCGCGACGUGGGAUUGCUAUGUUCGUAUGCCGCUUGUGGGCGUAAGCCCGUUGACAGCGGACUUUCCGGGGGCUCUCGGAGUGGCGCUGGCGAGGUUAGGGGAGGGGAAGGAGAAGGUGAGGGUUAAGGGGGCGUUGGCGAAGAAGACGGCGGCGUGGGUGGAGAAGGUUUUGGCUGUUGAGGGGUUGGAUGAAGGGAUUAAGACGGUGUUGGAGGUUACGUUGAGGAAGCUGGAGUGGAGUGGUCUUUGAGGUGAAAAAUAGAGAUGGAGAUGAUGUAAAUGCUGUAUAUUUCUAGCAUGUGGAGUUACGGCGUUUAAGGGGGUAAAUGGGAGGGUUAGAUCAUUGGAAUGGAUUACAACGAUUAAGAAUUUAUAUAUGGG